AUGUCCUCUUGUGUGGCAAAAUCAAAAGGAAAAAACCCCUACGCAGCUGUUAAAGUAGACCCAGACAGUGAUUACAUCACACCAGGUACUCUUGACCUGGAGCAGCUCUUCUGGACUGGCACCAGUGUUGAAUACGCACACGUCAACCAAGUCUGGCCUAAUGUGUUCAUCGGUGAUGAGAAGACCGCUUUGGAGCGACCUGGUCUAAAGGAACUCGGUGUUACGCAUGUGCUGAAUGCUGCAGAAGGGAAGUACAAUAACGUGCUGACCGGUGCAGUUUACUACUCUGACUCGGACAUCCAAUAUUUUGGGGUGGAGGCUGACGAUAAACCCACAUUUGACAUCUCCCAGUUCUUUUGGCGGACCACAGAGUUCAUCAGAGAGGCCUUGAGCCACCCUCAGAACAAGGUGCUCGUACACUGUGUGAUGGGUCGCAGCCGUUCAGCGUCACUGGUCUUAGCCUACCUGAUGAUGGAAGAAGGCCUAACCGUGGUGGACGCCAUCGAGCACGUACGACAUCGUCGUUGCGUCCUGCCCAACCAUGGUUUCCUCAAGCAGCUCAGAGCUCUGGACAUUGCACUGCAAGAGGAGAAGCUGAGACAAAAACAACAAAAGAUGCUAGAUCAACAGUCAUGA